GGUGCCGAGGGUUUUGGAAGAAGGCGUGAGUCAGCGUCAGAGAGCGUGUGAUUGAUUCUAUUUUUGUAAAUCGCUUGUGGGUCAGGCUCGGAUCGGAAACGUUGAGAUUGAACACACCGACUCCUUUCGAAUCAUUCCCUCUUCUUCUCUCGAGUCCUUUUCGAAAUCCGGGUUUCUGGGCUUGUAGGCUUCGAAUUUCUCUUCCACACCCAGAAAUCCGAUCUCCCUGACAUCGAUCAUGGAGGUUGAAGAAGAAGUCAGACGGGUCGUGGAGCAGGUUAAGGAGCUUCAGGAUUCUGCCUCCUCCUUCAUCUCUUCCUCGACCCAGGAGGAGCAGUCUCUCCGGCAGAGAUCCUCCGCUCUCGACGGCUCCAUCCGCCGCCUCCGCUCCACCAUCAUCUCCCUUCUGUCCGACAAGCGUCUCGAUCCCAAGCUCGCCGAGAAGCUCGAGGAGGAUUUGCAGCGGGCGAGAUGCAUGCUCGCCGAUGGAGACGCCUCUGCUUUUAUUCCCUCCAAACCUCAAGCAGGACGGUUCUUGAGAAUGUUUUUAGGGCCUGUGAAUGUUCGAGCCUUGCGUAAAGACAUCCAACUCAAAGUCAAAGAAGAAUACAAUAGCUACAGAGAUAGAACUGCUCUUCUUUUCCUUUUUUUCCCUGCAACCCUUUUGAUCCUGAGAUCUUGGUUGUGGGAUGGAUGUUUGCCUGCAUUCCCUGUCCAGCUGUAUGAGGUUUGGUUGUUGUUCCUCUAUGCUGGUUUGGCUAUGCGCGAGAACAUAUUGAGAGCCAAUGGGAGCGAUAUCCGUCCAUGGUGGAUUUAUCAUCAUUAUUGUGCCAUGAUUAUGGCCAUUGUCAGCCUCACAUGGGAAAUCAAAGGACAACCAAACUGCGCCCAGAAGCAGAGAGGGGUCCAUCUUUUCCUGCAAUGGGCUAUGAUGCAAGGUGUGGCAAUGCUUCUACAGAACAGAUACCAACGCCAAAGAUUAUAUACUCGCAUUGCACUGGGAAAGGCUAAGAGGAUGGACGUUGUAUGGGGAGAAACAGCCGGAGUUGAUGGGCAAAUAUGGCUAUUGUGUCCUCUACUGUUCAUUUUGCAGGGAUUCGAGGCUUAUGUUGGACUGCUGUUGUUCAAGGCAGCAUUAUCUGGGGUAGUCGCUGAAUGGCAGGUGAUGUUUUGUGGCAUUCUUCUAGUUGUGAUGGCAGUUGGAAACUUCACCAACACUGUAGAGACGCUGAUGGCAAAGUCAAGGUUCAAGGCAAAGAGGAAGAGAAGCAAAAGCAAAGCAGAGCUCGAUUAGACUUCCUAACUCCAUAGGAUCAGUCUUUUGAGACUGAGCUUCAUAGUUCUCAACUAUGGAUCUUUUCCCUUCUCCUAUUUUUGCCUAAAAAUAUUGAAGAUUUUUUUGUUUUGGUGGGGGGACCAGGGGUCUGGAAACUGGGAUGGCCCUCUCUUUGUGUAUAAAUGGAAGUGGCAGUUGAUGAUGUUUGAUGGGGUGGAGUGUUUGUGUAACAUUUUUCAACUGUGACAUUUGUGGGUUUUCACAAUCAGAUCCUCAGGUGCUGCUGUCUGAAUAAGUUUGUACCUUUUUGUCUC